UCAGUUUCAGGAUGCACCGAUGCAGUGAAAAUGAAGAAGAAAACCCGAAUGCAUAGCGGAGUGGAAAAGAGAUUUGAAAAGUGAGACUGACAGAAUAAAGUUUGGAAACUCUUGAUCAAAGAAAGUGUAUGAAUCAAUUCCGUAGAUAAUCAAAGAUACAAUCUCGAAUUGAAGGAAAGUUCCAAUUUCACUAAAGCAAUAUUCUUGGUGGUAUGAUCAUGAGUAUGCAACAUUCCUCUGCAAGUCUGAUAAUUGCACUUUUGGCAAUUGUUGUUGCCCCUCGUGGAAGUCGAGGUGGAGUUACGGGGUACUGUCCUAAUGAUCUUGUGAAGCAAGUGUACUUAAGUUCCAGCAAGUACACGGCUUUGAAUGGGUACCUCUUGGUGUUGCUCGGACUUCUGGGUGCCAGCUGGGGGGGUGGGUUGGUGGGGGGUUGUUAUGUUGAGGUUACCGUUGGCUGCCAUGGAGCCGAAGCUGGAAAGGGUGAUAAGAAGAAAUCUUCAGUAGAUAAUUUGCAAGCUUCCGGAGGAACAUUUAUUUGUCCCACUCAUCGUGCAUACAAUGUCUUCUGGAUCUUCUCUAAAAAGACUCUAGCUACCAAAUGGACUGCAGACUCUGGCUACCCAACUGCGUUUGGAAUCAAAGUUCGGUUCGUCUUUCUCUAUGAACUGAGAGCAAUGGAGAGUGGUAUAGGAAAUGGCAUUAGCAGUAACAUUAGGAUGAAGCCCAGCGGCAAGGUAACGGCGUCCAUGAUUCUCACUUGUAUUGUUGCUGCUUCUUGUGGUUUAAUAUUUGGUUAUGAUAUUGGAAUUUCAGGUGGUGUGACGACGAUGGAGCCAUUCCUACGCAAGUUCUUUCCCGUGGUGCUGAGGAAAAUGGCCGAAACUACGGGAAAUACGUACUGUGUCUAUGAUUGUGAGGUUCUAACUCUGUUCACUUCUUCAUUGUACAUAGCUGGGCUUGCCUCGUCCCUUGUGGCUAGCCGAGUUACUAAAGUUAUGGGUCGUAAAGCUACAAUGGUGCUUGGUGGAAUUACCUUCUUGAUCGGGGUUGCUAUUAACGGUGCUGCCGUCAACAUAGCGAUGCUCAUAUUGGGACGGAUCCUGCUAGGUUUUGGUGUUGGUUUCACAAACCAGGCAACUCCGGUUUACAUAUCAGAAAUGGCCCCACCAAAAUGGCGCGGUGCAUUCAGUUCUAGCUUCCAGCUAUUCAUAGGCAUAGGUGUUAUUGUGGCUACUGUCAUAAACUUUGGUGCCACACGACUCGGCUCCUGGGGUUGGCGACUUUCCUUGGGGCUUGCUGCAGCACCGGCUGCUUUCAUGACACUCGGUGCACUUUUAGUGACUGACACACCAAGUAGUCUAGUUGACCGUGGUAAAGUAGUCCAGGCUCAACAAGCUCUACUAAAAGUCCGAGGAGUCAACUCUAAUGUUGAAGCUGAGCUGAAUCAACUCAUUGUUGCAAGUGAAGCUACAAAAGAGGUUUAUAAAGAACCGUUUAAGACUAUAUUUGAGAGACAGUAUCGACCCCACCUUGUAAUGUCGAUUGCAAUUCCAUUCUUUCAACAGCUCACGGGAAUUAAUGUUAUUGCCUUUUACGCUCCGGUUUUAUUUCAGUCCAUAGGAUUUGGAAAUGACUCGGCCUUGAUUGGAGCAAUUAUUCUUGGUGUGGUUAAUUUUAUUUCGAUAACAAUAUCAAUGUUUAUAGUUGAUCGAUAUGGACGCCGAGUUUUGUUCAUGCAAGGUGGGAUUCAGAUGAUUAUCUGCCAGGUGGCCUUGGCAUGCCUUUUAGGGGCAGAAUUAGGGAUCUCUGGGGACCAACCAUUGUCUCGAACAUCGACUAUUUUGGUACUAAUUCUGAUGUGUAUAUAUGCGGCUGGUUUUGGUUGGUCAUGGGGACCGCUUUCAUGGCUUAUACCUAGCGAGAUUUUCCCGAUGAAUAUUAGACUAGCAGGGCAAAGCAUAAGCGUCGCAGUUAACUUCCUGACAACAUUUGUUUUAGCUCAAACAUUCUUAACGAUGCUAUGCCAUUUUAAAUUCGCUAUCUUCUUGUUUUAUGCUGUAUGGAUCGCGAUGAUGACCGGAUUUGUUGCUGUUUUCCUGCCGGAAACAAAAGGGGUUCCUCUUGAAUCAAUGCAUACUGUUUGGGAACGACAUUGGUACUGGAGUAGGUUUUCUGCUUGAAUAGCCGUAGCUAAUUACCAUUCGUGGGCGACAUCAUCAGGCCUGGGCAACCUUGGGGGCCAGAUUAAGGGCGUUUAAAAACUAGAAAUUGCAUGUUUUGAAUAAACAGAAGAAUUACAUUUGCAAUCGGGACAUUAUGAGUUGUGUGCCUCUAUAUUAGAAUAGAGGCAAAUGUGGGCCUUCAGUGAGGGAUAUGUAUGUUCUUGCACUUGAUAUUAAUCCGGCUAAAUUGGGCCUAUACCACUUAAUUGGGGCCUAUAGCUAGAUGACAAAAAAAGGUCAUUAGAAAUCA